UGUAUAGACGUAAAUGGUUAUAUAAAAGCUGAGCGUAAAAGUGAUCCUAAACUCUUUAUUUGAGGCCAAUAAUUGAUUCAGAUAUGAUAUAGUAUUCUUGUUUAUCAAAUAUUAUAAAUAUCGAUGUAUAUAGCCUUUGAUCAUAAAGAUAAUCACUUGACCAAACUUAUACUGAAAUAUUAAAUGCAAAGGCACUGCAAAUAUUUUUAAGGAAAAUAAAUAUUUACAACAUGAAACUAUAUCUCCUUGUUUUCUAAUCAAGCCACAAACAUGACUUGAAGAUAAAAAGUAACAAAAAUCAUAAUUUUUUAAUAUAAUUAACUAAAAAAACAAAAUUUUAGCUAGUUGUCGGCUGAAUUCUUGGAGAUUAUAAGAGUAUCAAAAUAAGGCUAUUAUUAAAAAGAAUUUGAAAUUUAUAUUAUUUAUCUCAUUCCAUUAUCUUUGGCCCACAUGUGGAGCAAAAUUAAUGGAAGAACUAUUAUAAUGAGAAGUGUGAGGUAUAUAAAGUUUCAUACAUACAAUUAACGAUUAAUUUGUUUUAAAAAUAUCGAUAUUUUUCGAUUAUAUUCUCAUGAGCUUAGUUAAUGUUACAACUUCCAGUGUUGCCAACUUAGCACUUUCGGUACUAGAUCUGGCACUAUCUUCAUAAUAUUAGCACGAGUUUUAGCACCUUGCACCGAAUCUAGCGCUAUUUAGUAUUUUUUAUUUAUUUUCUGUUUACAGAUAGAUUUUAUAGAUAAGGUCAAAGAAAAUGUAAUGCGUAGAUAUAUAAAGAUGAUUAGAAAGACAAACCAGGUUUCUUUGUUAAAAAAUAAAAUAGAAAUCUGGAUAUUUCAAGCUUACAUUAUCCCACGAACGAUCCUACAUUUAAAAAUACAUUCAGCACUUUUUGAGAUGUCAUCUAGCACUUACCUUACGUAUUUUUAGCGAUGGGUCGUUUUUUAAUUUUUUUGAUCACGUAACGCAACCGCUAUCGGAUCGGCAAUCACCGAUAUAAGACCUGUCUAUUUUUCAUAACUAGUUAUUUUCACAACGCUAUAAAGUCAAAACGAAUUUUACUCUUAUGCAAACAAGAUAAUAUUCCAUUUUGGAUUGAUUACUUGAUCACUCCGAUUGCCGAACUACGCGAAACGUACAUACAUAUUCCUAUUUCAUUCACAAUUAUACUGACAUCCUGUCGUUGUUUCAUUUACACAUGACAGAUUGCAUUGUUAGCGAUCUAUAUUAUUAAAACGCUCCACAUUAGGUGUUACAUUCUAUUGAUUAAAAGUAAAAGCUAAAGUAAAGCUAAAUUCACUCUUAAGUUAAUCACUAAUCUGAUUUACUUAAGAGUGAAUUUAGCUUUACAUCAAAGAGGUAAUGAAAAAGGAUAGUUAUUGGAUCACUGAAUCACGAGCGGUUCAGGCAAAUACUAGUUGAAUAACUGUCUAUCGCGAAUAACGUCCAUCGCUAAUCGAAUUGGCAACACUAAAAACUAACUUCAAGUGCGUCAAGUGUGCGUCAAAUAGGAACGGCUUUACGUUUUAUCGAUUGAUUCACCGGGAAUAUAAAUUACUAAAGUAUUUAGAAACUAGAAAUUCAAUAUAUAUUUUAAUAAAAAGUAAGAAAUCAACAAGUAUUGGUUACAGUGAAUGUUGAAAACUGUUGUGUGGUACUAUCAUCCCUACAAAAAAAUGAUUGUUUGAUUUUUAUUAGUUGUUUUACAAAUAAAAAAAGUGAAAAAUGUGGGACAAACUUAUUUACGUAUUUAUCAUUUUGUUAGUAGCCUACGUUUUAAAACAAUUAUUCUCAGAGACUCCUAACUUCGUGAAGUUCAAGUCUAAAUUUUUAAUUUUUUAUAUAUGGGCAUCGAUUACUGCAGUUAUUUUGUUACCAUUCUUUGUGUUCAACCCAAAAAAUGUGAAGAACUCCCUAUUUGGCUCUCAAAUUGUGAAGCAUGUUACCAAAAUUAUAGAAGUAAAAUGGCACUUAAGAAAUGGAAAAGUCUUGGCAGAAGAUCGAGGUGCUGUUGUAGUAUCAAACCAUCAGUCAUCAAUAGAUAUAUUAGGAAUGUUCAAUAUCUGGCAUGUAGCAGAUAAAAUAGCUGCCAUUGCUAGAAAAGAAAUAUUUUAUGUUUGGCCAUUUGGGUUGGCUGCAUACCUAGCAGGAGUUGUUUUUAUAGACAGAAAUAACUCUAAAGAUGCUUAUAAGCAAUUGAAAAUUACAUCGGAAGUAAUGGUGAAAAAUAAGACGAAAAUUUGGCUGUUUCCUGAGGGUACAAGGAAUAAGGACUUCACUAAACUGUUGCCAUUCAAAAAAGGAGCAUUCAAUAUAGCUGUAGCUGCUCAAGUGCCAAUCAUACCAGUGGUGUUCUCACCAUACUACUUUAUUAAUAGGAAGAAAUACAUUUUCAACAAAGGUCAUGCCAUAAUACAGUGUUUAGAGCCGAUACCCACGAAAGGUUUGAGCAUGGAAGAUGUACCAGAACUUAUAGAACGAGUACGUAACAUCAUGGAUGCCGUGUACAAAGAACUAUCAAAGGAAGUUCUCAGCGCAUUACCACCAAACUAUCCUUUGGCGACAACAGACUAAUGAAAAAGUAUGUUGAAAGAAACCUAAAAGUAUUAUAUUAAAGCAGGCUUUAUUAUUAAUACUGUAAAAUAUUUAUAUUUAAUUAAACUUGUGUGGUAAAUACAUUCUCAUGUCUGUGAUGUAUUAAUGAGAUUUAUCGAAAUUUUACCAAUAAGGUUAUGUUUAUUUUAAUAUUGAUACCCAAUGUACACAAACACUUUAAAAUUGAGGUUAGUUAUGUUUACCCAAUUUAUUAAGUAAGCAUGUUUAUUGAUCUGUAACACGUUGGGAUCGCUUGAUUUACGCUUCAAUUCGAUUCUAGAAAACACUGUGUGUAUUUGUUGCAUUAAAUGAGCGUGGUGUAACGUAAUUGAGUCUGUCGUUACGAAAUGUAACUUGUGUGUUACAUUUUCAGAAUACAAAUAAUAGCGGACUGUUUGUUGUUCAUAGCUCAAAUUGCGUCAGUUUAGAGUGAAUAGUCCAGAGUGGAAUAACAAUUAAGUAUACUACUGAAUGUUUUAUAAUUAAAUUGUUUGUACCGUGUGUCCGUUAUAAUAUACUAUAGUUAUGACAUCACGAAUAGAAUAGUAUAUUUUUUUUAUGUGAUUGAUCUAAUCAAUCUGAUUCUGACGUUUUCAUAUAGGUAGAUAUUGAAUUUUACACGAGUAUUAAAACCUUUUAUCAUAGCCAUAAAUAAGAGACAGUGAUUUUUUUUUACUAUCGUAUAUUUUUUGUUUUUUGUUGGAAGACAAAUUAUCAAUUUGAAAACAUUUUUAAUCUAAAAUAUUUACUUUAUUUUUAGUAUAAAUUUUAAGUCGGCAGUUCAGCUGUCUUUAAUCUUACGACAAGUUUUAAGAUGUAGUUUAAUAUAUAGAUAAUAAUAUAGGUACUUUAUUACCUUUGUAAUCUACACUUUUAAUCACUUUUGUUAUACCUAAUUAUUGUUAUCCAUUUUAUAAACUGCAUGAACUGGUAAAACCAUUUUGUUUUUUAUUAUUGAAAAAACAUUUUGAUAACUUGUUUGUCGUAAGGUUCUUGUGGACAAAAGUGAUUGAAUUAUACUAACAGAAAUUCCUCGAAUUAAAAUUGUGCCAUUUAUGUAAUUCGAUCCAAAGAUUACUUUAAAAAAGGGGGACCAGUAAUAUUUUCUCAUAACAGAUAUUAACAAUUUACCAUUCCGAAAUAAAUUGCAAAGAUUCUGCUAACAUUUUCAUAUUUAAAAAACAAUAACCCGGACGGAUAUUUUGCUGCUUUU